GGUAUGUUAAAUAAAAAUAAAACACCUGAACGCAGACAAGCAGUAAGGAAGCAUGAGAAAAGUCUUAACAAUGCGCAAUAUUAGUAUAUCUUUAUUUUAUGUUGUUUUUGUUCCUCCAUUAUUAAUUUCAAUAUCUAAUUAAGAAAGGAUAUGGAAAAGACUUUAACAUCAAUAUUAAUAUUUAUUUUCCAUUGCCGAAAAAACUGUAAUAUUUAAACUUCACACAAUGGCUGACUCCAAAUUUGAACCAGAAAAUAUUACUCCUCUGCAUCAAAUUAUUUCUUCAUGUACCGGUGCUUUAUUAACUUCUGUUUUCGUAACUCCUUUGGAUGUGGUCAAAAUUCGUCUUCAAGCUCAACAGAAAGUAAAAUUAAAUAAUAAAUGCUUCUUGUACUGUAAUGGUUUUGUGGAGGAUCUGUGUUGCACUUUCCAUUCCAAUGUAUCCACUCCAUAUUGGUAUCGCCCUUCAAGCCACUUGACUGGAACAUUAGAUGCCUUUGUUAAAAUAACGAGAGCUGAAGGUGUUGCUUCUCUGUGGAGUGGAUUACCACCAACUCUUUUGAUGGCUGUGCCUGGUACUGUUGUAUACUAUACAAUGUAUGACCAAAUUCGUUAUUAUAUGAGGAAGCAUCAUACACCUUCCUGUCAGCCAAUGUGGUUACCCGUUUUGGCUGGUGCAGCUGCAAGAGUAAUUGCCUGCACUGUUGUAAGUCCUUUGGAAUUGAUAAGAACAAAGAUGCAGUCUCAAAAGUUGAGCUAUUUGAUGAUUGGUGAAUCUGUCAAAAAACAAGUUGCUACUCAAGGUUUGCUAUCUUUGUAUCAGGGCUUGGGUCCAACAAUUUUAAGAGAUGUUCCAUUUUCUGCUGUCUAUUGGUUCAACUAUGAAUUACUGAAGCAGAAAUUUAACCAACAAAAGCCUACCUUCUGGUUCAGUUUCUUUGCAGGUGCUACUGCAGGAGGUCUUGCUGCUCUCCUAACUCUUCCUUUUGAUGUGAUAAAAACUCACCGACAAAUAGAACUUGGAGAGGUUCAAGCUAUAGCUAAUAAACAAACUCGUUCUACAUACUUUUUGAUGAAAAAUUUAUACCAGAACAAUGGUUAUAAAGCUCUCUUUGCUGGUAUUGUGCCUCGAAUUGUUAAAGUCGCACCUGCCUGUGCUAUCAUGGUCAGUACAUAUGAAUAUGGCAAACAGUUCUUCCAUAAUUACAAUGCUUCAAAAGCAGCCUCUACUUUUUAGUCUUUAACCAAUUUGUAUUAGGCUUAGUAAUUACUGCAUUUCUGUUUACAAGUUUUGACUAUGACUUUUUAGUAGUCAGAAACUGGCCGGGAAUUCCAUUUGUAACUGUUCAUUUACUUCUGUUGUAAAUUUGAGAUGAUUUUUUUUCUUUUGGUUUUAAAUUAUGUCUUCAUUGUAGAUGACUGAAUAUUUGUUCAUUCUAGUGCAUUGUCUUUCUAUGUAUCUCCAUGUAUAUAUGUAUGAAAUGUUGAGAAAUUAAAAAAGUAUUGAAUUACAA